AUGAACUACCACCGACAGUUACUACCACCUGUGUUGCCCAUGGUUUCCACCGCCGAAUCUCAUAGCCUCCUCAUCCUUCGUUCGGGAUCUAGAAUGUUGCAAUGUGACCACUACAUGCCGCCGGAUCGGUACAAUUCAAUAGUGGAGGGGUUUUUACGGGACACCGGCUUUUAUUAUGUUUCACAGAUUGGAGUUGUCCAAUGUCAGACGGCAUUGGUUAAUGCUCUGAUUGAGAGAUGGCGCCCCGAGACUCACAGCUUCCAUUUUCCGGUUAGUGAGUGUGCUGUGACACUGGAGGAUGUGGCGUUAAUUUAUGGUCUUCCGACGAAUGGUUUGCCAGUUACGGGACCGACACUGAGUAGUUAUGAGGCGUUAGAGGCUGAAUGCUUGGAUCAGUUUGGUGUUGCACCUAGGCAGGCAGACUGUAGGGGAAGUUUCAUCAAGUUGACGUGGUUUCGAGCAUUGAAGGAUCGGUUAGUGUUGGUUGAUGAUAUCCAGAUUCAAAGGUACGUGAAGUGCCACAUAAUGUUAUUGUUUGGAACCGUUAUGUUUGGAGAUAAGUUUGGAGCAGGGGUGCACUGGAAGUUUCUCGCAUUACUCCGUAACUUUGCCGAGAUAAUACAGUUCAGUUGGGGUUCGGCAUGCCUGGCACACCUGUACAGAGCUUUGUGUAGGGCAACUCGUGUUGACUGUAAGGAGAUUGAUGGUCCGUUGACACUCUUGCUUGCCUGGGCUUGGAUCCGCCUACCGUUCCUUGCGCCGAUUCCUAGCAAUCCUCGAAUCUUUCCGAUUGCAAAUAGGUGGCAUAACUGGGAACGUGAGAAUUGGCCUUACAGAUUGAGGAAACUUGAGCACCUUAGGGGAAACAUGGAUGCUCUGCAAGAAGGACAGUUUAUUUGGAAGCCUUAUGCAAUAGGUCGGACCGAUCCAGACGUGAUUCCUGCUGACAUCCGUCAGCAUUCGGCUAUUUGGAGUGCCACAGUUCCGCUUAUAUCUUUUGAAUGUAUUGAGUGGCAUGCAUCUGAUAGGCUGAGGAGGCAAUUUGGCUUGACUCAAGGCGUUCCUCAACAAGAGCGUGACCUAGGUGAAGCACACGGCCAAGUUCUAACAGGUCCGAAGAAUCAAGAUUGGUCUGGAACCCACUCAGUCUGGGUUAUGCAUUAG